AUGGGUGAUUUGGAAGAUUCGAUCAAACUUGAUGAUGAUGAUCUUCUCAGUACGACCGGGAACAGUGUCGCAGAUAUGGCUGACCUCUCUUCCAUCGAGCAACAAAUGGAGGAAUUUGAAGAAGAGCAAAGAAAAAUCAAGCAAAUGCAAAGUGAUAUUGAGGGUCAAAUGAAUCUUCCACGAAGUAGCAAUGGUACUAGCAGUCCUGCUGUAAUGACUCCCGAAGAGAAGGCUGAGGCCGAUUCGCGUUCUGUUUAUAUUGGCAAUGUUGACUACAGCGUAACUGCAGAGGAAUUGGAAAAACAUUUCCACGGGUGCGGGUCAGUCGCGCGGGUUACAAUCCUGUGCGACAAGUACACUGGUCACCCGAAAGGGUGA